GAGAUCCCACGAUGGUUGAAGCGCUGCUGGACGCCCGCGCCAAUCCAAAUGACACGACGAGAAAGCCGCGAAUGGAUGCCGACAUUGGCAAGCGCACCCCUGUGCUGUGCAUUAGCAUCAAGUUCCAGAACCUGAAAGUGGCCGAGCUCUUGAUCCGGCGCCGUGCUGCCAUCAAUGUGAAGAACAACUUCUUGCCACCUCUCCAUUUUGCAGCCUUCACCAACAAUCCGGAGGCCGUAAAGACCCUCUGCCGUCACAGAGCUGACCUCGGAAUCAAGAACAGCUUCGGCUUGUCGGCAUGGCACAGCGCUGCUAUGUCUUCGAGCGAUACCGGCUGGGAUGCGCUGGAU